AUGAGUACACGAUACGCAGCACAGCCAUACCACAUUAUCCCCCUCAACCCGAAGCCCAAAUUCCGCCUCCGUCAACUGGACGAUCUCGUCAUCCUCGACCUGAACCCCAAGUUCCGCCUCCGUCAACUGGACGGCCUCGAUAUCCUCGCUACGACGCUGUCCCAGAGAAAGAACCCAGCCCACAACCACGCCGGCCUCCUCCUAGGCGUUCUCCUCGCAACCACGAACGCUCACCACCGGAAGAAGACUACUAUGCACCUCGUCGUCGUCGCCAUAGAGAGGAAGACUACUUCUCCGACAACAGGCAUGAUCGGCGUCAUCCUCAUCAUCGUGAACGCGAUGUUCACCGGGAACGAGACAUUCACCGGGAACGAGACGAUGAUAGGGAAAGGAUGCCGGUAA